AUGGCCUCGAACUUAUACAACGUACCAUUGUCGGAACCUUUCUCGAUAGGUGUUGUGCAUUGUCAUCCCCGCGGACCCUUCGACACAGCCAAGAGUGACAUGGACCAACACUACCUGGAAAAACAAGCCGUGAUCGAAGAGGGGUCGUACGAUAAAGCAAAGAUUCCUCGAUGGGCCAUCAGAAGUUCGAAGACACUCUUUGGGUUCCAUGUUAGCGAGAAAGACGCCGUCAACCUGCUCUGCGUCCUGCUCAACACCGUGUCGACGGUGUCCAUUGUCUUUGCGAACAAGAUAGUCUUUACCGAUCCGCAAUUCCGAAAGUUCCAGCUCGGCACGGCCGCCUGGCACUUUACGGCGACCACGGUGCUGCUAUACCUCGCGACCUUGAGACCAUUCAACUUCUUCAAGCCCGUGCGGCUGGCGGUGCGGGACGUCUUACCCCUGUCGACUCUGUUCGUCGGCUUCCUGGUGCUGGGAAACCUGUCGCUGGCCCUCAACACAGUCUCGUUAUACCAGCUAGCCAAGAUCAUGACCACACCAACCGUCGUGGCCAUCAACUUUGUGCUCUUCCGCAAGCGCCUCCCGAACCCGCUGCUGGUGGCCAUCUUGGUGUCCUGUCUAGGCGUGGCCAUGACGAAUGUCGCAAUGGUCACGUCCAAUCCAACGGGCACGCUGAUCGCCGUCGCGGCCUUCGUCACCACGGCCUUCUACCAGAUCUGGAUCGGCAAGAAGGUGCAGGAACUCGACGUCAGCGCCCCCGCGCUGCUGCUGAACCAAGCGCCCAUCUCGGUGGUCAUGCUGCUGUGCCUGCUCCCGUUCACCGACACGAUCCCGGACUUCCGCGCCGUCGACCCCCUGAUUCUGGCCACCUUCCUGUUCUCGGGCGUCCUGGCCGCCGGCCUCAACCUGAGCCAGUUCCUGAUCAUCGGCCGCGUGUCCGCCCUCGCCUUCAACGUCGUGUCCAAUGCCAAGAACGUCAUCAUCAUCGCCCUCGGCUGGUACAUGGCCGGACAGUCUCCCGGGAUGAAGGACAUCCUGGGCGUCACCCUCGCCCUGGGUGGCGCGGGGGCGUAUUCGUGGUUGCAGCGGAGAUUAUGA